AUGGCGUACAAUGCCUACGAUGUCGAGAAGAACCAGGGCUACAUAGAUAGCGGCGCAUACGGUAACCUCGAGAAGCGACAUGGCUCCUACGUCGAACCAGAUGGCGCGGUACCCGGCGAGAGCUUCGAAUAUGGCACCGGGAUGCGCGCAAAGCUUAUGCGCAUGGCGGGCAAGCUUGGUGUCGAGCAGAGAGGCAUUGAGCGCGUGCCCGAGAACGAGCGGACAGACAAGGGCAUCAUGGCGCUGUUGAACGUGUCGACUAUGUGGCUCUCCGCCAACAUGGUCGUCUCCUCCUUCGCUCUCGGUCUGCUGGCAAAGAACGUUUUCUACCUCGGUGUCGCAGACGCCAUGCUCGUCAUCCUCUUCUUCAACCUGAUCGGACUCUUUCCAGUAUGCUUCUUCUCAUGCUUUGGACCAGUAUUCGGCCUUCGCCAGAUGGUGCUUUCGCGGUUCUGGUAUGGCUGGUGGGGUGUGAAGUUAAUUGCCAUUUUCAAUGUGCUAGCAUGCAUUGGCUGGUCUGCGGUCAACUCGAUAGUAGCCGCCGAACUCCUCCACGCUGUCAACACGGACGUCCCCGGCUAUGCCGGCAUCCUCAUUGUCGCCUUCUGCACCUUUUUCGUGACCGUCUUCGGCUACAAAGUUGUGCACGCCUACGAAUUCUGGUCCUGGAUUCCGUCCUUCAUCAUCUUCCUCAUCGUACUCGGCAUCUUCGCGCAUAGCGGCGACUUCGUGGCAAUUCCAUGGGAGACUGGUACCGCCGAGAUGGGCAGCGUGCUCAGCUUCGGCUCCGUCAUCUUCGGGUUUGCGAUCGGUUGGUCCAGUUAUGCGGCCGAUUACACUGUCUAUCAGCCCAGCAAUCAGAGCAAGGUGAAGGUGUUCGGAUGGACGUUCUUGGGUCUCAUCUUCCCGCUGCUGUUCACGCAGAUGCUGGGAGUCGCGGUCAUGUCUGCCACUGCGCUUAACGAUGGCAACAACCGUUAUCAAGAUGGCUACGACGAGUCCGGCACUGGCGGUCUUCUGGGUGCCGUGUUGAUCUACCACGCCGGCACCUUCGGCAAGUUCUGCCUCGUCAUGCUUGCACUCAGCACCAUCGCCAACAACUGCCCGAACAUCUACUCCGUCGCGCUCACCGUGCAAGUCCUGGCCCGUUGGGUGCAGUACGUACCACGCUUCCUCUGGACCGCGGUAGCGACGGGCGCCUACAUUGCCAUCGCCAUUCCGGGAUACAGCCACUUCGAGGCGGUGCUCGAGAAUUUCAUGAACUUCAUUGGAUACUGGUUGGCAAUUUAUUGCUCGAUCGGCUUGACGGACCACGUCGUCUUCAAGCGUGGGUUUGGCGGGUACAGGCCCGAGCUGUACGAUGUGCCAUCUGAGCUACCACUGGGUAUCGCGGCGGUGUUUGCGUUCUGCUGCGGUGUCGUGGGCAUGGUCGCAGGCAUGAGUCAGGUCUGGUGGGUCGGUUGGAUCGCUCUCCAUGCCGGUGAAGCACCGUUUGGCGGUGAUGUCGGCUGGGAGCUCGGUGCCGCUUUCUCUUCUGUUGGGUACCUGAUUGCUCGCCCCAUUGAGAUGAAGGUCUUUGGUCGAUAGAUGAGAGUUGCCACGCACUUGAGCGUCGCAGUUUCUGCGUGGCAGAUGUUCAUGCGACAUGAUUAGCUGUUGCGCCCGGACAUGCGAAGUUCUUGAUUCGGCCUGUACGUAUGUAUGCUACCAAACUACCAUUCCACUGUAGAUUUUGGCUAUGUGUUCA